AUGCCAUCCCAACCACGAAUCCACCUCGUCCGCCACGCCCAGGGCUUCCACAAUCUGGGCUCUGAAUUCCACUCGCUCCCCGACCCCCGUCUCACACCGCUCGGCGAAGAGCAAUGCGCAAAGCUACAACAACAGCACUUCCCCCCAUCCCUACAACGCACCAUCUCCCUCGUAACCGCCUCUCCACUAUGCCGCACCCUCCACACAGCAUGGCUUGUCUUCCAACCGGCCCUAAGUAACGGCAAAUGCCAGCCCUCCAUCCUCGCUGUCCCCGACGCCCAAGAAACAAGCGACUACCCGUGCGAUACCGGCAGCGAUGUCCCCGUCCUGCAAAAGAUCUGCGCCGACCAAAACUGGAAAGUCGAUCUCAGUCUCGUGAAGGAGGGAUGGAACAUCAAGACACGCAACAACCGGUACUCCCCCGCCAGCGAUGCCAUUAAACUUCGCGCCCGCGACACUCGCCGACUUCUCCGCGAGAAAGCCCGCGCGCUUGCCGCUAACGGUGACGACGAUGUCGAGAUUGUCCUGGUAGCGCACGGCGGAUACCUGCACUACCUGACGGACGACUGGGAAGACGCCAACAAACUCUCCGGCACAGGCUGGGAGAACUGCGAAACCCGCACGUACGUGUUCGAGGGCGACGUCAACGCAGACGACGAGCAAGCCUGGUUCACCGAGACCAUGGACUCGCGGAAACGACGUGGUGUUUCCCACCCUAUGCCCAACCACGACAAACAAGCGGAGCUAUUCAACUUGUGCAUGCAAGGCUGGGAGGACCAAGGCCUACAACGACCAGAUAAAUUGCCGGCCGAGGACGAGGCCAGCCAACCUCUUGACGAGGAGGAGCGUACUGGCCAGGAACCCGCGGCGAAGAACAUGUAUGUCGACAAGAAGACCGGCGAAGUUGAAGUCAUGGCAUGA